CAUUCUUCUGCUCAUCUCUACUAUUGUUAGAUCUUCUUGGCUUGCUUGUUCUCAGCACAAACACAGCUGUAUUCUCAUACGCUCUCACUCCAUCUCCCUACUUCUCUGUCAAACUCCGUCUUCUUAAAGAGGUUAGUUAAUAGAAUAUCCUCUUGGUCUAGAAGAGCAAUUUAUUCUCUAUAUUGUCUACCUAUUGUCUUGCGAUGCCCACCCACAUUUCCAACGACUCCAUAAUAUCUGUAACUGCUCCAUUAUUACCCAACUCAGACACCAGCAGUUUUGACGCCUCCAUUCGUUCCAACGAGCAAACAACCAAUACCAAUUAUCCCAAUAUCACCACUGUCAACGAUGCCCAACUAUAUGAUAACGAAACAACUUUGUCUGUUCAUGGUAUGACAUGUGCUGCUUGUGUUUCAACAAUAUCAAAGUCCUUGAAAAGUCUUCCUGAUGUCGAUUCUGUCAGUGUUUCUUUAUUGACCGAAGAAGCUAAAAUAACUCACACCAGUCAUCUCAAUUCUGAUGAUUUAGUUGAAUCAAUAGAAGAUUGUGGUUUUGAUGCUGAGUUGAUUGAUACCCGUAAAUUAUUCUUACCCAAUAACACGAAUAACACGAAUAAUAUUAAUAAUAUUAACAAUAUUAACCAUAUUAAUGAGAAUGACGAUCUCUCUAACCUAAAUCAUAACUCCUUGGAAUUACAAACUCUCCCUCAUCAUUAUACCUCCACAUUAUCAAUUGAUGGAAUGACCUGCUCUGCUUGCACUUCUUCGGUCACAAAUGCUUUGAACUCAAUUCAAUAUGUUCAAUCAACUACUGUCUCUUUAUUAACUCAAGAAGUAAAAAUAGUUCAUUCCCAUUUUAUAGACCCAUCAAUCUUUCUUGAAAAAAUCGACGAUCUUGGUUUCACUCCCUCCCUAAUUCUGUCAAAUAUUUUCAAUAUCAAUCCCCAGCAUGAAUUCAAUUCAAUCACUUUAAAAAUUUUUGGUGACAUCUCAAACAUAUCUUCAAAUGAUCUAAAAUCUUCCAUAUCUUCUUUCAAUAACAUUAAAUCCCUCUCAAUCAACUUACCACUAAAACAAAUCAAACUAUCUUAUGACAUAAAUUCUCCAAUAAAGAUCAGAUUCAUCAUUAAAUCUUUAAACACAAAAUAUAACAUAGAUUGCUUACCCAUUACCUCCUUCGACAAUACCACUCAAUUAAAACUUUUGGCUAAAACAAAAGAAAUCAAGUAUUGGAAAUUCAACUUUUUAAAAGCCUUAUUAUUAGCUAUUCCGAUCUUAUUAUGUCACCAUUUCUUCUAUAGAGUUUUUCAUAAGAAUUCUUGUAUGCUUAAAACAGGUUUGUAUUUACCUGAUUUCAUCUCUUUAGUCUUAGCUACUUAUAUCCAGUUUUUCUUGGGAAAGAUCUUUUAUAUCAAUUCUUAUAAAUCUUUAAAACAUGGCUCUGCAACUAUGGAUCUAUUAGUUUGUAUCUCAACUUCAAUAGCCUACCUUUUCUCAAUCUAUUCAAUGCUAAAAUCUUUAAUCAACUCUUCAUCUAUGAGACCAAUGGUCUUAUUUGACACUUCUGCAAUGUUAAUUACUUUCAUAUCUUUUGGUAAAUGGCUAGAAAAUAAAGCAAAGGGACAAACUACCACCACUCUAUCAAAUUUAUUAAGUCUAACUCCCUCAUCUUGUGAUAUUAUCACAAAUUUAAACCCAGAUCACUUUAAUAACCUUUCGAUUGAUUCUAAUUCAAUUAAUAACUUGCAAACAGAAUCCAUCUUUACAGAUUUAGUUCAACCAAAUGAUAUAAUCAUAAUCAAACAAGGUAGCAAAAUUCCUGUAGAUGGUGUUUUAAUUUAUGGUGAAUCUGAAGUAGAUGAAUCUUUAGUAACUGGUGAAUCAACUCCAAUUUUAAAAUCUAAAAACUCAAAUCUUAUUGGUGGCUCAAUCAACAAUACAAACACGAUCUAUAUGAAGGUUCAAAAAGUAGGUAAAUAUACAAAAUUAUCCAAAAUUAUUUCUUUAGUUAAAGAUGCUCAAACUAAAAAGGCUCCUCUACAAAGAUAUGCUGAUUAUAUCGCUUCAAAAUUUGUUCCUACAAUUUUAUGUCUAGCGCUAAUAACCUUUUGUGCUUGGUUGUUUUUACUCGAAUACUACUUGAAUGAAAAUAAUCUUUCAAAAAAACUAUUCAAAGAAAUUAAAAUAAACGGUAAAUUCUUUGUUGCUUUAAAAAUUUCAAUUUCGGUAAUAGUCGUUGCUUGUCCAUGUGCCCUAGGUUUAGCUGCUCCAACUGCAAUUAUGGUUGGAACUGGUGUUGGAGCAGAAAACUCCAUUUUAAUUAAAGGUGGAGAAGUUUUGGAAAAUCUCAAUAAGGUUAAAAUGAUUUUAUUUGAUAAGACAAAUACCCUAACUGUUGGUUCAAUGCAAAUCCAUUCUUAUAAUUUUUUUCCUGCUAAAGAAAAUUAUAAUUUGGACGAUGUUAAUAUUUGGCACUUGAUAAAUUUGAUUGAAAAUAAUAUUAACCAUCCUAUUUCUAAAUCAUUAAGAGAGUAUUCAAAGAAGCUUUCAUUUCAAAAUGAUAAGGAAUUCUCAUCUUCUAGUAAUUUGAAUAACAAAUUAAAUGUUUCAAAUAUUGUUAAUAAGGUUGGAUUUGGUGUCACUGCUAAUUUUUCAAUUUCCAAUGAAACAAGUCAUAAGGUUAAAGUUGGAAAUUCAAAAUUGAUUGAGAAUAUUCAAGAUGAUGAUAAUGAUGAAAUCGGCACAAAAAUUUAUGUGUCAAUUGGCAAUGACUUUAUUGGUUAUAUUAUUUUAAAGGAUUAUAUCAAACUUGAUGCCAAAGACGUUAUAACUACUUUAAAAAAAUCUGGAUAUGAAAUUGCAAUGGUCACUGGAGAUAAUUAUGAAAUUGCUAAAAGAGUUGGUGAUCAAAUCGGAAUUAGCCCUGAGUAUAUAUUCUCGGAAAAAACUCCCUCAGAGAAGACAAAACUUGUCAAAAAUUUUCAAACCACCAAAAAAGUAUUAUUUGUCGGUGAUGGUAUUAAUGACGCUGCAGCAAUCACUCAGGCUGAUAUUGGUGUUUCAUUUGGUGGUGCCACUGAUAUUGCUUCGUCAGCAGCAGAUAUUAUUUUGCUUGAUGAUAGCCUAUCUUCUUUGAUUCAAAGUUUAAGCUUAUCGAAGAAGACAUUUAAUACUAUCAAAGUGAAUUUUUUUCUUGCUUGCGUUUACAACUUGUUGAUGAUUCCAAUGGCUAUGAUUGGAAUAAUGAAUCCAUUAUUUGCUGCUCUAGCCAUGAGUCUUUCUUCUGUUUGUGUUGUAACGUCAUCUUUAAGAAUAAAAAAUUGGAAACCAAGUUCUAAAUAACUAUACUUUUUUGUUUGAAUCUUUUGAUCUAAAUUUUGCCUGUUAAUUGUUAAUUGUUAAUUGUUAAUUGUCUUUAUCUUUGUCUUUAGUUUUGUUUUUAAUUUUUUUUAUGAUUUUAUCUAGUUUUCACUCUGC